AUGCUCAAGUCGAGUUACCUAAUGUGGAGGACCCGAGCCCGGGAAUCACUCCAGAUGCCAUCCGGCGCUGCCGCUGCUUCCGCCGUAAUGGAAGGGGAGCCGGAGCCCGAUCAGCCCAAGGCCGCCGCCGCCAGCGGCCACCGCAAGCACCUGGCCAUGCUCGAGCGCCUCUCCAAGCGGUCCUCCUCAUCCGCCGCCGCGCCCUCCUCGGACUCCACCGGUGCCUCACCCGUCGAGGCCUUCCUCUCCCGCUUCGCGCCCGCCAAGCUCGCGGCGGAGUCGGCCCUCUCCGCCUGCCGCGCCUCCCCCGAGGAUGCCCCCGCCUCCCUCGCCGCCGCAGCCGCCGCCAUCGACGACCUCGACCACCUCGUCGCCGAGGCGUCCCACGCCCUGCCCCUCUAUGAGCUCCGUUCCGCCCUCGCCGCCGCUGCCGAACUCCGCGCCGCCCACAGGGUCGCCGCCGACGAUCUGCGGCGCAAGAAGUCCUUCUCCUUCAGGAACAAGAGCAGGGCCCCCAAGAACCCGCCUCAGGAUUCCCCCACCAUGCUGCCGCCGCCGCCGCCACCGGAGCAGCCAAAGCCUAGCCUUGACUCGAUCCUGCCGGGGUUCGGGUUCCGGGGCAGGAACGGCGCCACCUUGGUGAAGGAUCUGAGGGUCUCCAACGACAAAGAUGGGGAUUUCUCGCUCGCGGAUUUGGUUUCCUGCGAGGUCUCUCUCAAGGGUAAAUGCCGGGCGCUCUACGUCCACAAGCUGAGGCAUUGCCGUGUGUUCGUUGGCGCUGUUGUUGGCUCGGUGCUCAUUGAGGAUGUCGAAGGUUGCACAUUUGUAAUGGCAGCACAUCAGAUCAGGAUUCACGAGGCAAGGGCGACGGAUUUCUACUUGCGGGUGAGGAGCAGGCCGAUCAUUGAGGAUUGCAGUGGCGUGAGAUUUGCACCGCAUGCUUUGAAGUAUGAAGGGAUCGAAGAGGAUUUGAGGGAGUCUGGGCUCGAGGAGGAGACUGGUAACUGGGUCAAUGUGGAUGACUUCAAGUGGCUCAGGGCAGUGCACUCACCGAAUUGGUGUUUGGUUCCAGAGGAAGAACGGAUGCAGAUUGUCGACAUAUCAGAGGUUCAUGAGCUGGAGGAUGAUAGCUGAGCUGCUUGGGAGGGUUUGCUGUCAGCUCUAAUUUUGGUUUAUCGUUCUGUAUUGGUUCUUGAAUUUUUAUGUGUUGCUUAUGGGAGCUAAGUUUUUUUUUAAAAAGUUUGUACCAAGAGCUUACUGAAUUCAGAAUGCGAAGCAUGAAAGCUUUACUGUGUCUAAACAAGGUGUUAUUUGAUUCGUUGGCAUGCAUAUACAAUAUUAAAAGACCACACAGUUCGAUGAAUAAGAAGCAGGCUUCAUAUUGGAAUUAUGCUUCAUAGCAUCGGGAUUGGUUUUUUUUUUUCAAAUUACACCAAGAAAACUUUGGUUUAUCUAAUUAUGUUAUGUUCAAUGUGCUUAGAGCAGAACUUUACUAUAUUUAAAAUUUUCUUGACGAACUGAUGAUGUUCUGUUAUCAAUCUGCAUAGUUCAACACUGAAAAUAAGGAAACCAUAUCAUCUUUUUAUAAUGUAAGAUUGAUGUUGUCACAUUCUAAUACUGAUCUGCUUUGUUUCUGUUCAGGCUGGUUUUACUGGCAUUGUUGUCAGUGCUGCCUAGCAUGGUCUUCGACCUAUAGUUGACUUCAUGACAUUUAAUUUUUCAAAGCAGGUGCUACCGGUGAGAAAGGGCCGGCGUUUGGCUACUUCGUGCUUGCCGAAUAAGGUGGCGGGCAAGAGUAGUUCAUCGUACUUUCGGAGGUCGUACUUUUGGGGUGAAGUCUAAGGGCAUGUGGCUCCGCUUUAUUUUGUUGUAUAGGUUUAUGUUUUUGCUGAGUAAAUAUUGUUGUCUUUUGGUUGUAAAUUGGUGUAAAUGGUUGCAAAGCUGAAGACUUGUAAUAUAAAUGUUAAUUACUCGCUCUUUAUUAAGCUAUGUUGUAAUGUGUUAUAUUGCAAA